CCCCCCCCCACAAAGAUCUUUGCCCUCAACGGCCGUGAUUUAUAUCAAAGAUCCGCGCGCCCGUCCGACGCCGCCAUCUCAUCGCCAUCACCAUCACCAUCAUCAUCAUCAGGGGCGGAUUCAGUAAGUGUCAAAGAUCCUAUAGCGGAGGAUAAAAAUCUGCUUUUAUGUGAUGCCAUCACAUUACUUAUUUCCCUGAAGCAACCAUGAGUACUAGAGUUGAUAUACCAAAGGGAAAGAAGUUGAACAAAUAUGGAGAUCUGGAAAAUCUUGAAUUGACUGCGGAAGACUGGAUUACACGUUGGGAAAAGAAACACAUUGGUUUUCAUAAGGAUGAAAUUCACAGAUUGUUGCAAAAAUACUUGCCUAACAUUCUGAAUGGAAGGAAGCAGAUCAGCAUUUUUUUACCACUUUGUGGAAAAUCAUUAGAUAUAAAAUGGCUUCAUGACCAAGGACAUAAUGUAGUUGGUGUGGAAAUUUCUAAAACAGCAAUUGAAGAAUUUUUCACAGAGCAAAACGUGUCCUACACACAGGAUCUGGUACCAGAAAUACCAGGUGCAGAAGUAUUUAAGAGUUCUGAUCACCGUAUUUCCUUGUACAAUUGCAAUAUUUUCAAUUUCUCAAGUUUGAUUGCUGGAAAGUUUGAUGGGAUCUGGGACAGUAAAUCUUUGGUAGCGAUCAACCCACCUGACCGACAACGAUAUGUCAAGCAUAUGACCACACUUAUGGCUGAGGGAUGUUGCUACCUUCUAGAUUCUUGCACAUUUAACCAAGACCAAAUUGUUGGUCCACCAUUUUCUGUUCCUCAACAUGCAAUUGAGGACCUGUUUGGCCCAUCAUGCAACAUUCGGUUGAUGGAAUCAUUGGAUGCUUUGACUCAGCAACAGAUUUCGUGGGGUCUGGAUUCCUUCAUUGAAGAAAUCUAUCUAAUUAAGUAACAGUAACUAGGACUUAAUUAAGUAAUUAAUUAAGUUAGCUGGGUUUAGCACUGUUUCUCUGCGCUGGACUUAAUUAAGUAAUUAAGGCACAGUCCUAGCCUUCGUACAAGAUCUGGAAACUGCUGAUGCUGAAAAUCUGAAAUAAAAAACAGAAAAUGCUGGGAAAACUCAGCAGGUCAAACUGCAUAUGUGGAAAGGGAAAAGGAGUUCAAAUUUCAGGUUCAGCAUCUAUAAUUAGAACUGCACUCACAAUGAAUGAGGUUUUCAACCUGAAAUAUUAACAAUUCCUUUUGCCACAAACGUUGGCUGAUCUGAGUUUUUCCAGUAUGUCCUUCAUAAAAUGACAGAAGUUAAGUGAAUCUAAGGUAACCAAAACUGGGCUUUGAAUCAUGUUGUCGCAGAAUUUCUAUGGAUUAUCUGUGUGUAUUUUUAUGGAUCUUCACACACCAAAUUAGUGUUAAGUAAUACUGCAUUCAUUAGCGCGAAUAUUUACUCCCAUCAACCUCCUUUUCAAACAUAAUUUUCUGCAUAUUCACUCAACCCAAUUUUGACCAUUGACAAUCUUGCAAACCCUCACCCCAAGUUCAACUGAGCUUUAUUUUCAUGUGUUUCCCAGAUCUGAGCCCAACCAUACCAUUUUCAUGUUUGAAACUCUAUAAUUGCAGAGAUCUAUUUUUGCAUCGGGUACCAAAAAGGUUCAAAUCAGAAUCGGAAAUGGCAUCAAUUUUGACUUUAUUUCCAUGGAAUAUUACAUUCCACAUAUACCAUUUGCAACACAUAAACAGGCCAUUCAGUUUUGAUGGCCAAUUGAGCUAAUUUUUCUACUGUAUUGGCAUUUUCUACUACAACAUCUUCAUUCAACAAAUCUCCUUUUGUUUUCAUACUCAAUGGAGUUUCCAGUCCAUACCAUUUAUUGAGUUACUUCUGGAAUAUUUCCUUCAUUGGUUUCACUUCCUAGCUGUGCACUUUUACUUGAAAUGUCCCUGGUCUUUGCCGUUUUCAACCACUUCCUGCCUUUCGGAAGCGUUAUAACCCGAGGCCAUCUGCCAAAUCUCAAUGACACACAAUUUUCCCUCUAUAUAACACUCUGCUUUCUAUUUAUAUAUCAAAAUGCAUUCAAUAGUUAGAUGGACUAGCAAAGAAUACCAUUAGCUUCUAUCUUUACUCAAAUUCUGUACUUGACAUCAAUUACACACACACAAACACACUUUAUAAACCAUGAUCUGGACAUUUGUGCCUCCAUUCUAAGUUUGUACCUUCUUCAUCCUGAGCGCUACCUAAAUGCAUCUGCCAGUUAAUCCCUCUUUUCUGCAUGACUAUUCUAAUAGUUAUUUUGUCAUAAACCAUUAAUUCUAAACUCUAACACCAGUGUCCUAUCAUAGAUCAUUACAGCAUAGGAACAGGCCCUUCGACCCUCAAUAUGUAUUCUGAACAUGAUACCAAUUUGAACUAAACUCCUCUGCCUUAAUGUGACCCAUAUGCCUCCAUUGCUUGCCAUAUCCUGUUACCUAAUCUUUGUUGCCUAUAACCUUAAUUCCCUAAACUUGAGUUGGCUUCCACUUCCCUGCCAGCCAUAAUUAGUAUUUUUUAUCCUUUGUGGCUUAAUCUUCCUUCUGUGGUUCAUCUACAAACUUCAUCUAUCUCCUGUUUGUAACCCUUCCCCUUUACUCUAUCUAUUGUACUUGAGUUUAUCUUGAUGGUAUCUAUGUUUGGUAUAUCUGAUCAGUUUGGUUAACAUGCAAAACAACUUUUCACUGUACCUCGGUACAUGUGACAAUAAUAAACUUAAACCUAACCGUAUACCUCCUAAAUUCUGCAUCUUUUAAUCUCCAGUGACAACCCCUAUUAUCUCACCAUAAGGGACCACAUCUUAAAAAUGGCCCAGCACUUGAAUUACCACUCUGAAUAUUCAAUCACUCACUCCUUUACAACCCACCUUGAAUGAACUCUCAUAAUAUUUCCACUUUUGGCUCUAAACAUAGAUUUUCACAAUCGUGAAAUGCUCAGCAUGGUGCUACUGGUGUCCCAUAAAAUGCAUGUGGAAAACAUUCAUAAUAAUUCAUAAUUCCUUGCCAUGUUUUAACCUGUGCUGGGCUCAUCUUAUUAAUUACUUGAAAAAUCAUACCUUUCUUUGUGAGAAAGUAAUUGUAUGUGCUUGAUCAUUUAGAUAAUUUCAUCUCACUGAUGCUGGAUUAGGCUUUGAACACUGGUUUGUUUGAUUAGGCUUGUGUUCUCCUGAAUUGGAAGUAUGAAGUGUAUCAGAAUUAUGCUUUAUUAAAAUGAUGGAUUAAAUAAUGAUAACAAAUCUAAUUUUCACUGAA